AUGAUAAAAGGAAGGAUUGCAGCCAACCCUAAUAUUUCAGUAAGUAGGCUACAAGAAGAGCUUGGGAGGAAGUAUGAGCUCUCUGUGACAAAAAUGAAGGCUUUCAGGACAAAGCUCAAGGCUCCAAAGAAGCUUCAAGGGGACUUCAAAGAUCAGUAUGCUAGCCUGAGGGACUAUGUCAUGGAACUGAACAGGACCAAUCCAGGGUUUAAAGAGUGUAGUAGGGAACUGUUGGGGUUAGAUGGGACAUUUAUGAAAGACCCUUACCCUGGUCAGAUGCUAACUUCAGUUGGUUUAGAUCCCAACAAUGGCAUUUAUCCGUUAGCUUAUGGAAUUGUGUAUAAAGAUGACUUGGAUCUUCCACUUAAUGCAAAUUUCACCUUCAUUUCUGACAGGCAAAAGGGAAUAAUACCAGCCAUAAGUCAGGUAUUUCCAGCAGCGGAGCAUAGAUUCUGUGUAAGGCAUAUAUGGCAGAACAUGAAACUUCAAUGGAGAGGAGAUGCCUUCAAGGAUUGUCUUCAAAUUGCAGCCAAUGCUUAUACAGCUCCAGAUUUUGAAGCAAAAUUGGAGGAGUUGAGGUUGUACAACAUUGAGGCAUAUAACUGGUUGGCAAGUAGGGCACAAUCUGAUAUGGUGUUGAACAAUAUAUGUGAAGUCUUGAAUGCAAGGACAGUCAAUGGUCGACACAAGCCUAUAAUUUCUGCUUUGGAGUUUGUCAGAGAGUAUUUAAUGCAGAGGAUUGUGAAUGUUAUCAGGGUGAUUCAGCAAACCACUGGUCCACUUACUCCUAGAGUUGCAAAGAUUUUUGCUAACACAAAGAAAUUAGCUGCAAAUUAUAAUGUUAAGUGGAGUGGUGGGACAAAGUAUCAGGUCAGUGGUAAGGUCACAGUGGAUGGUGCUGCAACACAUAAACAGUAUGUUGUGGAUGUUGUGGAUAGGGUUUGCACUUGCAGAGAAUGGGAAGUUUCAGGAAUCCCUUGUAGGCACGCUGUGGUUGUCAAUUGGGACAUGGCAAUGAAUGGUCAAGAGGUUGGACCCCCGGAAUCAUGGGUUAAUGAAUGUUAUUAUCUUGAAACCUGGAAGAGGGUUUACAGCCAUACCAUUGGUCCCAUUAAUGGAAGAGAAUUGUGGCCAAACUCACAGGUUCCAACCAACCUAACCCCACCUCUGCACCACACACCUAUCGGCAGACCUAAGAAUAAUAGAAUUAAGGAUGCUGUGGAGUUACAGGAUGAAGUUGAAAGGUCUUCCCAAGCAAGAAACAAGAGAAACAGGGCUACUGAAGCUGAUAACGAGCAGGCUGUGGUUGGUGGCAAAUUAACAAGAAAAUGGAAGUCCGUGAAGUGCCAGAAGUGUGGUGUAAAGGGCCACAACCAAAGAACUUGUGGAAGGACCAAAAAAGUUACCCAGCCGAAGAAAGGGAAGAAAAGUAAGAAGAAGAAAGAUGGUAAUUAG